AUGUCUCUUGUCUCAGGCCCAGGCAGAGGCGGAUCUACCAGCGGAACGCAGGAGCUCUACAUCCAGAAGCAUGUAGACUACAUAAAGAGUCUAGAUACUUGCCCGGAUCGCUCGCUAACCCCGCGUUGCCAGCGAAGAGAUGAACUCGAAUAUUGGUUGACAGAACAUCUCCGGCUCAAUGGCGUCUAUUGGGGACUCACAGCACUUCAUAUACUCGGUUAUCCUGAUGCGCUACCCCGCGACCAGACAAUCGAGUUUGUUUUGUCUUGCCAGAGUGAAGACGGUGGGUUCGGUGCUGCUCCUGGUCACGAUGCCCAUAUGCUCUAUACCGUCAGCGCAGUACAGAUACUUGUCACACUCAAUGCAGUCAAUGAACUAGAUAAAAAUGGGCGCGGUGGGAAGGAGAAGGUUGCUUCUUAUCCUCAAGGGAUUGUAAAUCUUCAAGACUGCUCGACGGGAACGUUUAAAGGCGAUUCAUGGGGGGAAACGGACACACGCUUCCUCUAUGGGGCGUUUAAUGCACUAUCCCUCCUUGGAUUGUUACACCUGGUCGACACUGAUAAAGCUGUGGCUUAUAUCCAAUCCUGUGCUAACUUCGAUGGAGGGUAUGGCGUGAGGCCUGGUGCCGAGUCACAUGCCGGCCAGAUAUUUACGUGUGUCGGAGCACUCGCUAUAGUUGAUAGACUAGAUCUUGUUGAUACUGAUAGGCUAGGCGGCUGGCUCAGUGAGCGCCAGCUGGACAAUGGAGGGCUGAAUGGACGACCCGAGAAGAAAGAAGACGUGUGUUAUAGCUGGUGGGUGAUGAGUGCUUUGGCCAUGAUUGGGAGGUUACAUUGGAUCGAUGGAGAGAAGCUAGCCGCAUUUAUAUUACGGUGCCAGGAUCCCGAACACGGCGGCAUAGCUGACAGGCCAGAGGAUAUGUUUAUUGAAGUAUCCAGGUCUGAAAGAGGUAGAUCCAGUAUACUGUAUGCCAAAGGAGGCCACAGAUAG